GCGGGUACCCGGUUCUGAUGCUCAUCCCUACCAUCGACACCUCCCUCCACCCCUACCCCCCCUCCGCCUCCAAUCCCCAACCUACCUGUAUCAACGACCAGCACAGUCCAUGAUUCGUUGUUGUCGAUCAUCUUGACUCCAUUGAUGGUGCGUUCUCUUCUCCUUCAUACAUAGGUCUAUAGAAGACCACUCAUACAUCGACCUACCAUUCUCUUCACCGAAGAUCCUCCAGCCUCCCUCUCAUCUCUGUCAACCAUCGAUAAUUUAUCAUUAAUCGAAAAAAUACCGAUUAAGCUCAUGCAUCGCAAAUACACGCCUAGUUGGAAAUCCAUUUCUACAAAAUCAGUUCUUCAAAAUCGAUAGUCGAUAGAGCUUUGGUAUCGAUUUUCUAGUCAUGAUAUCAAGAAGUUAGGGCUUAAAUCAUUGAAGUCAACACAUAUGGCUCCUCAGCAGAUAACUGAAGAAGUUGUAUACCUCUGCACAGGCAAUCCGUUGCCUAAAGACAUUGAACAUAUAUCUUACUGGCUUCUAAAUGAAUCAUUUUCAUUUAGCUUUCAAAAAAUAUCUGAUAUCAAGGCAAGAAAAGGAUUGGCUUUAGUGGACAUUGUAAGAGAAGUAACCAUGCACCCCACUAUAGCGAAAUGGGUCACCCGACAAGCCUAUAUUGUGCAACGCGUGUGGGUCUCAUUGGAGAACUAAAGGAUCACUUGUAAACUACACCCCACUUCAUGCGAGAUCUGAGCCUGAUGAUUUUGAGGAUCAUAGAGUUUCAAGAGUGAAGAGUAUAUCCAUUAAGAACAAAGGAUUUCAAAGAGAGAUGGAAUUCCUGGUCUCCGAAGGACAACUCGAUUUCAAUAUGCUAGUGUGGAAUAUCCCAUCAGAGUAUAACAAUCUAUUUCUUUUGGAUUUUGGUAAUUUUGCAUUGAGAAAGAUGUAUAUUUUAAUUAAUCUUUGGGAUAUUUUCUGUUCCAUCGUUGAUUUCUGAUUUCAAA